GGCGUUGCGGAAUCUGCAUUAUGCCAAUGAGGGGGCGUGCGCGCGCGUGGAGGCAGUGAUGUGACGUCAGGUCCAGCCUCGCGGACGCGGAGAGAGCGCAACAAACAUGGCGACAGAGCGGAGCGGACAGAGGUGUCUUCUAACUUUCGUCGUGGUCAUCUGGGGCUCUGUCGGAGGGCGAACGGAGACGCCCGGCACCCAGAUCCUGGGCAUGCGAUUGGAGCGGAGCGAUAAAGCGGCCGGGACGACGGAUGACGGCAUCAUCCAGGUAACGGAGGAGAGCAGCGUGUUGCUCAGGUUUUACGGGAUACACCUGAGCCCGGACGCAUCGUCCCACAUCAGGUUUACGGAGUACGCGGAUGCGAGUGACAGUGACGCGUUGAAUAGGACUUGUGAGGAUUUUACCAAAGACUUGAGCAUCAGCAGCUUUAUGAAUGUGAGCAGCAGCAGGGGUACGUCAGGUUUGGUGAGUGUGUAUGUAAAGCCACUGCGUAGAAGUGAGCACGAGAAGACUUACAGCUUGUGCGUCAGACAGGGUUCUGAUGAUAAAUGGUACCUUUCGGAUGAUCUUGAUGGCAGGUUGGUGGUUGUGGAGGAGAAAACAUCUCUACUACCUCUUUGGCUCCAAGUCAUCUUGGUGUUGUUCCUGCUGGUGCUGUCCGGCAUGUUCAGUGGACUUAACCUGGGACUCAUGGCUUUGGAUCCAAUGGAGCUACGGAUCGUGCAAAGAUGUGGCACCAAUAAGGAAAAGAAGUACGCGAGUAAAAUCGAGCCCAUCCGAAGCAAGGGGAACUAUUUGCUCUGCUCCUUAUUGCUGGGAAAUGUGCUUGUUAACACCACAUUGACCAUUCUGCUAGAUGAUUUGAUCGGGUCUGGGUUGGGCGCAGUGGCGGCUUCAACAGUCGGCAUUGUGAUAUUUGGAGAAAUCGUGCCACAGGCGCUGUGUUCGCGGCAUGGUUUGGCUGUGGGUGCCAACACCAUUGUGGUAACCAAGUUUUUCAUGUUACUCACAUUUCCGUUGUCAUUUCCAGUCAGCAAGCUCCUGGAUUGUGUCCUUGGGCAGGAGAUUGGCACCGUGUACAACCGAGAGAAGCUGCUGGAGAUGCUGAAGGUCACCGAGCCAUACAAUGACCUGGUCAAGGAGGAGCUGAACAUCAUACAAGGUGCCCUAGAACUCCGAACCAAGACUGUAGAGGACAUCAUGACGCCUCUCAGUAACUGCUACAUGAUGCCCACCGACGCUAUUCUCGACUUUAACACCAUGAGUGAGAUCAUGGAAAGCGGUUACACGCGGAUACCGGUGUAUGAAACGGAAAAAUCCAACAUCGUAGAUAUUUUGUACGUCAAAGACUUGGCUUUCGUUGACCCGGACGACUGCACAACACUUAAGACGGUCACCAAGUUUUACAACCACCCCAUCCAUUUUGUCUUCCAUGAUACCAAAUUGGAUGCAAUGUUGGAAGAGUUUAAGAAAGGUAAAUCCCACCUGUCUAUUGUUCAGAAGGUGAAUAGUGAAGGUGAGGGAGAUCCCUUCUAUGAGGUUCUGGGUCUGGUCACACUGGAGGACGUUAUCGAAGAGAUCAUCAAAUCGGAGAUCCUUGAUGAGUCUGAUCUUUACACUGACAAUCGUCACAGGAAAAAAGUGAAUCCCAACAAGAACAAGAGGGAUUUUUCUGCGUUCAAACAUGAAAGCGAAUCCAAGGUGAAAAUCUCACCUCAGCUGAUGUUGGCCGCACAUCGUUUCCUUGCCACAGAAGUGAGUGUUUUCAACCCCCUGCAGAUCUCGGACAAGGUUUUACUGCGAAUCCUAAAACACCCCGAUGUGAUUCAGGAAGUCAAGUUCAUUGAAAGUGACAAGCACUCACAACAGCACUAUUUAUAUCAGCGUGGAAAACCUGUCGACUGUUUCAUCCUCAUUCUUCAGGGUCGGGUGGAAGUAGAGGCAGGGAAUGAGAAUAUGAAGUUUGAGGCGGGCCCUUUCUCAUACUAUGGAGUAAUGGCGUUGACUAUGCCAUCACUGGCUGUCACUCCCCCACUCUCUCCUUCUGUGGUGUCGCCUCGUGUACGUCGCCUAUCGCUUAAGAGAUUUUCUGUGUUCUCUCGCUUUCCAGAGUUUCGCUCCCCGUCUCAUCUGAGUGGUUUGAAUCGUUCAGCGUCUCUGAGUUACACCGAGAGAGUCGACUCGCUGUCCAUCAGUGGCAGUAACAGUCAGCUCAACAACAGCCCGUCUACACAAUACAUCCCUGACUUUAACGUGCGAGCCCUCACCGACCUACAGUUUUUCAAGGUCACUCGCUCGCAGUACCAAAACGGUCUCCUGGCGUCAAAGCUGGACAGCACCCAGCAGUCUCCCGAUAGCAGCCAAACCCGAUUGGAUACCGGACCACUACCAUCAUCUACACCUCCCAUACCUCCCAUCACCGUGAGCCACACACCAGCGCUGUCGCCUCCCAAAGAGAACGGCCCCGAUGAGACGACCUCGCUGCUCAAUGACAAAAACAGCCUGUCUAAACGUCGGCCCAGCCAGAAGGUCAACUCUAACUCCAGUCCCAUCCCUCACAGUCACUCCAAUCCUUAUACCCCUGGCAACAGAAGCCCAACGUUCUUCCCCAACCCUCACACGCGCCCACACGCUCCCGUCCACACCAUCGCGCAUACCAACGCGCAUACAGAGAGUACCAUUUGACGAAAAUAAUCUGGGGCUCUGUCGUGCAGGGCUCCAGAGGUGACCGCAUGCAAUCCGAGUUCGAGUCAAGACCAUCGAGUCCACAUCCAGGACUUGGUCUUGACUAAGACUCGACUACAGCAACCGAGCAUGAGCAUGAAUACUGGUGAGGAUGUGUUUUGGAAAAUUUCUCAUUCCCUUUUUCCGAUCUACACUUCGAUCUUUCGAUAUGAAUUAAAGAAGUUUUAAAAAAACAAGACACUUAGGGUUAGAUGUCAAAAAAGUGCAUUAUCUUCAGCGUUAAUAAUUUCACUGUGAUUUUUAGGGACUGCAGGUUCAGCCGGAAGUUAAGUUGUUCACGAAUAGUUAUGGUGACUUAUGUUUUAUUCAGGCCUCUGUCUGUCUGUUGUUGCAUGGUAUUUAUUUAAAUGUAUAAUAUCAUAGGCACUCCUCGCUUAAAGUUUCCUGGUGUGUAUUUGGCAUGCGACCUGUAGCGAUGCCCUUAGCAAAACGUGGCAUUAUACGUGUACGUUUCAUCAGUAUAUAACAUAAUAUUAUUGUACAAUAAGCACUUUUUAUAAUGUGUCUGACCCAAAUGCAUACGUUUAUUCGUAUGCUGUUGUUUUUCGAACAUUUAAGAGCACUUUGAGACUCCAUGGGAAGUCCGUGGAAUUGGUAAAGUUUGUAGAGAUCACCUUUAGCACAAACUGUAUUCCUUUCAAAGAGAAAGUUUUGCCAAGUUCAUUGGUGAAUUUUGCUACAUGACGUAGCGCCGUUGUGAUAUUGUAGCUCUAUACGUGACAAACGUGAAGGCAAGCUUUGUAAAUAUAGAAAAAUUUGCUGACGCAGGCGAGAUUCAAUUCAAUUCAAUUCAAU